CCCACUUUUGCCCACUUCUCCCCUCCCCCCCCCUGUUCACCAUGGCCUCGCGCAUCGAAGCCCUGGCCACGACCAUCGCCGACUCGGCCCAGCAACUACGAACCCUGCUAGCGCAGCACGGAAUUGACGAGCCCUCGUUCGCGGCCGCCUGUCCUCCGUCGCUGGCGCUGCCCCGGCCCGUCGAGGCCGCGCGCAACGCCCUCGUGCACGCCGCGUGCGAGAUCCAGGAUCUGCUGCUCGACCCGGCCGAUCUCCUACGGUCCUAUGCCAUUCACGCCCAUCUCAUUGCCCUGCACUUCAUCCAGCAGUUCAACAUCGCGCAACUGGUCCCUCCCGCCGGAACCAUCUCCUUUGCCGCCCUAUCUGCGCAAUGUCACGUCCCCGAAGCCGACGUCCGGCGCCUCCUCCGCCACGCCAUGACAAUUCGCGUCUUCGACGAGCCCGCUGAGAACGAAGUCGCCCACACGCGCGCCAGCAUGCUCCUGCGCCAGGAAGGGUUCCACGGCUGGAUUGGCUCGACCUGCGCGAAUAGCUGGCCCGGCGCGACCAGGGUAUAUAGUGCCCAGCGCCAGCACGCCGGCUCAUCUCGGCUAACCCGGGUGUUAUUGCAUAGACUAUCGAAGCGUUGAAGCGUUUUCCCGGUUCCGAGGAACCGAAUGAGUCGG